CGACGAGCAACAACACCAUGCUGCUGCGCUGCUUCCUCGCCAUCGCCGCCCUCGUCGUCGCACUCGGUACCGCGUCCGAGGCCUCCUGCGACGACGCCUCGCCUUGCCCCAAGGGCGGGAGCCCUGUGUGUGCGACCAACGGCGUCACCUACACGAACGCUUGCGCCUUGGCCAAGGCCAACUGCAUCGACGCGAACCUUGUUCUCGCGAGCAAUGGCGUGUGCACGUCGCCGAUGCACAUUUGUGCCAUGGAGUGCCCGGUCUCAUACGAUCCGCAGUGCGGCUCGAAUGGCAUGACGUACGCCAACGUGUGCGAGUUCAAGAAGGCCCACUGCACAAACCCGACCGUGACGCUCGACCACACUGGCCGCUGCCCUGCGCGGCAGACACUCGAGUGCCCCAGUAUCUGCACCAUGGAGUAUGCGCCCGUGUGCGGCACCGAUGGGACAACGUACAGCAAUGGGUGCAAGCUGGAGAUUGCGCGCUGCCGCGGUGGGCCAAAGUCGACGCUGCGCAUUGCCCACGUAGGCCCGUGCGACGAUACCGCGUCGGUUCGCCACCUCGACGCCUGCCCAACGGCGUGCAACGACAAGUACGCGCCUGUCUGCGGCUCGGACGGGCACACGUACGUCAACGCCUGCAACUUUGAGAAAGUCCACUGCGGCAACGACGACAUGCACAUCGUCCAUCGCGGCGCCUGCGACGACCCGCAAGUCAUUCCGAACGACGAUUGCCGCGACCGCCCGUGCAACCGCAUGUUCAAGCCCGUCUGCGGCUCGGACAACAAGACGUACAACAACAUGUGCCUCUUUGAGAAUGCACAGUGUGCCAACCGAGGCUUGGCGCUCCUCCACGACGGUAGCUGCGACGAUCCGACGAGCGGAGAGCUCUAAGUCCCACGACAAACACAUGUAAUCAAACGCAUUUGGCUACCCGGAAUCGUGUCUCGCAUUUCAAGCACGCUACGCAUCGCCCUCGUGCUAAUAGAAUCGUAAGCCACAACGGGCUCUUC